CUAACAAGUGUCUUAAAUAAUAGUUUGAAAACGUUUAAAUUUGAUAUGUAAAUGUCUUUUCAUUCGCACUAAAGUUUGCCCUACAGAAGUUGAAUAUGUGCCCUGAAAUUUAAAUCGUUACUCUAAUGGCUGGUUCAGAUGUAUUUCCCGGUAAUAUUAUAUUUCUGUAUUGCAGAUAUUGUAACAAAACAAUUUCCCUGAUUUUAUUUAUGUGCAGGUGUAAAAUUCCUGACCUGGAGAAUGACACUUACAUUAUACGUAGUCACUAUCAACAGAACCUGAUCAACAAUUAUAUACCUCCCUCAUGGGAUGACGACACCCUCGAUUAUGACCAGUGCCACUUAUACUCGUUUGAUCACCAAAAUGUCAAGUUCGACAACUCCAGCAGACCAGUAAAUGCCUCACUUGUUCAAUGCAAUGAGUGGGUUUACAGUGAUUCCGUAUUUGAUGAGACAUUUACAUCCAAGUUCAAUAUCGUCUGUGAGGAGACAAAUAUAACGUCAUUAAUCAAGUCACUAUUCUUCGUUGGCAAAUUCAUCGGUGCCGUUGUGUUUGGCACUCUCUCAGACACAAUUGGCCGCAAAAUGACAUUUUAUUUGUCGCUAGUUACGUAUUUGGGAGCGACAUUUGGUUCAUCUUGGUCCUCAUCCUACAUCGUCUACGCUAUCUUAACGGUGGCUAUUGGGGCUACAGCACAGGGUGUCUUUAUUGUGGGGUUUGUCCUUGGUGUUGAGAUAGUUGGUCCAUCAAAAAGGAAGUUAGCUGGUAUGAUUCUGCAGUAUGCUUUCAUCGUCGGAUUAGCAAUUCUACCCGCCGUCAGUUACCUGGCCAGACAUUGGUACUACAUCAACAUUAUUUGUUCAGCGCCGGCUUUUCUUUUCAUUUUCUACUGGUGGUUUCUCCCAGAAUCCCCUCGUUGGCUAAUUACAAAACAGCGGUAUCAAGAAGCCAACGUUAUACUCCAGAAAAUGGCAAAGGUCAACAAAGUGGCAAUAAAAAGGAAUCUGUUAGAAGACAUGUAUGAUGAGGAGAUCAAACCCGCCGGAAAGGUGUGGCACUUGUUCUCGUCACGUGUCAUGCUAAUGCGCACACUCGUCAUCCUCUUCAACUGGUGUAUAGCAAGCAUGACUUACUACGGAUUGUAUCUAAAUACAGGGAACCUCGGCGGAAAUUUCCAUCUGAAUAUGUUCUUAUCUGCACUAGUCGAGUUUCCAGCUAUUACCGUUAUCAUAAUUUUAGUGGAUAGAAUUGGCCGGAAACCGCUUUACUGCCUCAGUAUGAUAUCAGCAGGGUGCGCAUGCGCAUCGAUAAUAAUUCCAACGAUGUAUGGUGAAUUAGAGAACCAGACAGUAAUUGUCAUACUGGCCAUGAUUGGUAAGUUUGCCGUAUCUACAGGGUUUAAUACACUCUACCUAUUUUCUGCCGAAUUAUAUCCGACCGUGGUAAGGAAUGCCGGGAUGGGUGCCAGUUGUUGUGCGUCAAGAAUAGGAGGAAUUGUGGCGCCAUACAUAGCGGAUUCGUCCGCGUUUAUAGGCGGUAUGGUAGGUAAAGUGUUCCCUGUAGCUGUAUUUGGAGUGAUGUCCAUCUUGGCCGGAUUGUCGUCCCUUUAUUUACCAGAAACAUUAGAUAUGGCAUUACCAGAGACGAUUGAAGACGGCAUUAUGUUUGGGAGACGGCGAAAACAAAACGCUGAAUGUGAAAACACACUCCUCCAAUGCAAUAAACGCGACAAAUCAACGCCAGGAGAUAGCCAAGUGUCUAACACGAUAACGGAUUGUAUUUGAUGUUUUUUGAUAUUUGCUUUUAGACAAUGUAAAUCAUUUAAACAAAUAAACAUAUAAAAAGAAAAGGAAAUGCGGCGUUAUAUACUUCGUGUAAAUAUACUCCUUGACACGGAAA